AGUCACGUCUUCCUAGGACCCAGGGCUUUCCUGGACAGUUCAUAGGGUGCAUUAGGGCAACAGGUUGGGCGUAGGUUGUUGAGAGCACGGCCCCAGCCUAGUCCUCACAGCUUACUGGAGAGCUUGAUUCUGCCACUUGGUGGCGGAGAGCUGGAGCGACAGGGCAGGGGACAGGCAGGAUUGCUUUGGCGAAGAUGGUUCUUCCGGGUUCCCCAAUGGACCAGAAGACCCCCUUUUUUCCUUUUGCCAGAUUGGCAAAUGGUGUUCUCAGCUUGCUCCACUCUUGGGUUCAUCGCACCCCAAAGGAUGCCCCGCCGAGGCGCAGACGGGUCUCCAGCAAGGCGGGUGGAAAAAAUAAAACCCAGCCGGCCUUCAGGAGAGAGCUGCCCUGCUCAUGCGGGAGAAAGAGAAAAGAGGACAUGGUGAAAGCUAAGGCACUGUGGAUUGACCCGGCGGCCGCAGCUCCAACCCAGGCUCCAAGAAAGAACAGUGGUCCGGGGGAUGACCAAGGACGAGUCUCCUACCGUGGCCUGCUGGGGGCAGAUCUAGCCCCCCGCUCCCGCCUUUCUUUUACAACUUCCAUGCCUAAGACAAAAUGAUCAAGGAACCCAACCCGGACCUUCACAACCAGACCCUCCGGGUUAUCCCAGGCCUGCCUAUCGCAGAGCCCGAGCGGGGAUUGCAGCGUGCACAGAAUCGAAUUAAACGCAUCUCGGUGGUUAUUGUCUCUCGCUAA